AUAUUCUUGCAGCAGCGUAGCACGGUGGUUGUGUUGCAUAACUCCAGUAUCCGUGAAAUCAUCWAGCUGGGGACGCACUAAAGGGCUGCCAUCCACAUAGAAAAUGUCUUAUUCCACUGCUUUAUCUAUAUAUUUGGCAUUAAUAGUCUGCGUAAGUGCUGGGAAAAUCAAGUCUUUUGACUAUGGAAACGUAAAGCCACUGCGCUUACGGCACGUUUUGCCGGAAGUCAACAUGAAUGUGAGUCAGAUGAUUCAAUACAACGGGUACCCUGUGGAGAACCAUGACGUCAUAACCAAAGAUGGCUACAUACUUUCCAUACAACGCAUUCCCUAUGGACGGCACGGUCGAUGCAAAGACGUCGAUUCUAAACCAGUGAUAUUUUUACAGCAUGGUUUGUUGUGUUCAUCCACAAAUUGGGUUGCUAAUUUACCGGAUGAAAGCUUUGCCUUCAUAGCCGCGGAUAGCUGCUUUGAUGUAUGGCUCGGUAACGUACGAGGAAAUACUUAUGGGAAAAGACAUGUCAAGUAUCCUAUCCAUUCAGAUGAAUUUUGGGACUUCAGCUUUGAUGAGAUGGCUAAAUACGACCUUCCAGCUAUGAUCAACUACACUCUUAAAACUACUGGCCAUGAAACACUGUACUACGCAGGUCAUUCACAGGGAACGAUGAUUGGUUUUAUUGAGUUCAGUAGAAAUCCCGACUUGAUUAAGAAAGUGAAGACGUUUUACGCACUUGCUCCUGUAUCAACUGUGACGUAUAUGGGCGGAGCGUUCAAAUGGCUAUCCUACUUUACUCCUGAGUUUGAGGAAUUUUUCAAGAUAUUUGGUAUCCGAGAUUUCUUUCCUUCGAAUGAAAUCUUACGCAUCUUGUCAGAGCUAAUCUGUGGACAUAAGGUAGUCAGGGACGUCUGUUCUGACAUCUUGUUUCUCAUUGCGGGAGUCGACACCAAGCAGCUCAACGAGACCCGUAUGCCGAUUUACAUCUCACAUACGCCUGCUGGUACAUCCGUAAAAAACAUGGUUCACUUCGCUCAGCUGCACAAAUCGAAGAAAUUCCAGAUGUAUGACUAUGGCAGCGUACAAAAGAACAAAUUGCAUUAUGGGCAGGGUUCUCCACCAGAGUACAAUGUGUCAGCGGUCGAUGUUCCUUCUGCGCUCUAUUGGGGUGGAAAAGACGUUUUAGCGGAUCCACGUGACGUCAAAUCCUUGAUGACAAAGCUGCCAAAUCAACUUUACAACAAGUAUCUUCCACCCUGGAAUCACUUGGACUUCAUAUGGGCACUAGACUCGGGAAAUUUAGUCUAUCGUGACGUCAUCAUGCAUAUCAAAUCGCAGGAGAAAAAGUGACAGUUUAAUUCAGGACCAACCACAGAUUGCGAUUGAGCAUGGCAAAUAUUAUGUCAUAACUGACGGACUUGACUUUUAAUUGCUAUACUGUAAAAUAACUAAAUUAUGAAUCUAGGGUAUUAAGARAAAAAUAACGGCGAGUCGAAAUAAAGGAAAACUUUGUAU